AUGGCAUGGUUCAUUGCCUUAAUCGACAUGCUCGACCAAGCCAAGUAUCUCCGCCAGUUCCGCGGCUGCCCAAACCAUCCUGUCUUGGCAACUCACAAGCAGAAAUUGCGCCUUCAUCCACUGUCUUGGCUCAAAUUCGCAUAUGGUUUGCCAGUUAUGCGCUCGCUCAUGCGACCGAAUUCAAUAAGGUUGUAG